AUGAACAAUGUGUCUUUUCAAUCAGACGGUGACAUUCAUGACUUCUUCACACGGUGGACUGACCAGCUUAUCAAGAAGCAAGACCUACUUACCAAACAACUUAGUUCCGCGCAGGUGGAGGUCGAUGAACUAAAAACACUCAUCUCAAUCAGAGACGAGGAUAUCGAGAAGCUUCAGACCAAGGUCAAGUGUCUCCGCCGGAAAUCUCAAAAUUGCAUUCAAGCUAGGACGCUCAAAGACGAGGUUGCCAGUCUGAAAGAACAAGUUACCGACCUGACAGAACGAGUCGCCAUCGCCAACAAGAUCGCCCUCAGUCAUAAACAGAAUUUUGAUGAAAAGUGCGCACAACUAUCAAGAAUUCGUCAGUCAAAAAUGGAAGAGCGAAAGCGUUUUGAAGAUCGCGUACAAGAACUCGAGCUUAAGAUCAAAAGCUUGACAUCUAGACUGCUUUCAAAGUCCCCGAACUCUUUUGACAUCCCAUCGCCCAGACCGUACAUUUCCACGCUCAGCAAAGCCAUCGGAAGAAACAUUCCUGAAUCAGAGGCCACUUCAGUACCUAAUAGCUCGAACUCUGUCCAUCAGCAUAACAGUUUUUGCCUGUCAUUGGAAACUGCAGCAAGGACAAUGGUCCAACAAGGGGCCGGUCUCGUAAAAGGAUUUGGAGAUGUGAGCCUUGCUUUGCUCAAACUAAAAGAGGUGCUUGAUGAGAAGAAUACCAAGCAAGAGGAGCUCUAA